AUGAUCACUCAAUUACCUAUACGCUCCUCUGCGCGUUGUGCGCAAUCUGCGAUACGAGCAGCGAUACCACGGCCUACCCAGCGAUGUCUACAUACCCUCAAUAGCCAUAUAUGGAGACCCUCUCUCCAACAUCACCGACAAUACUCGACACCUCCUCCUCCCCCACGAGACCUACGCUCCCAAUUCGAACCCUCCUCAUCCGAACUCCCUAGAGCAGCCCCUUCAACAAUCAAACCCAAAGCAAAACGCUCUCUCCGCCCCUAUGUCUACGCAACACUCUUCCUCCUCCUCGGCCUAACAUCCGGCUAA